AUUGAAGACCAACAGAGCGAUCAUCUGCGGAUAUGGCCACAGGCAUUCCCAAUAUUCUAGAAGGAGAUGGAGUUGUACGUGGAGUAUCUGAGGAAGAUAAAAGUGGAAACUGUGGUCGCAGCAAUCAAAGAAGCGAUACCAAUACGAACUUCUCCAUAAUAGAUGAGAGUUUGCUAGUACACGAAGGAAAGUUCUCAGCAUGUGAUGUCGAGGCACUCGAAGGAUUUAGCAGUGACAAUGACUACGAUCUUUCCGACGAGGAAGAGGACAUAUUUUGUGACGAUUAUGGAUUUUUAGCUGAAGAAGAUUUGGCAUAUGAAGAAUCUGAACGC